AUGGGGGAUUAUGCCGCUACUAAGGACGACCAUUAUUACAGACUUGAUCAUCGAUCAUAUUCAUUUGCAGAAGCAAUGAAUUGCCAUGAUUUUGACUUAACAGAACCAUCGCAAAAUGUUAACGUCAGUGCAUACAAACCAACGAUAAAACAUGCUACAGAAAAAAACUAUGACCUUCCAAUAGAUGAUGCUGGAUUAUUCUCGUAUUUAUAUUUUACCUGGAUGUCGCCGUUGAUGAAAACAGCCUACAAAACAGGCUUGCAAGUAACCGAUCUUUGGGGGUGUGCAGAAUCUGACUCAGCGGAGUUCAAUUGUGAAAAAUUGCACAAACUGUGGAGCGAUGAGUUAGAUAUAAAAGGUUCAGCGAAAGCUUCUUUAGUAAAGGUUUUUUUAAAGUUUAUUAAGACAGAGGCUAUCAAAGCUACAUUUAGCUUCGUAAUAUUGGACGUGGCGAUAUUCAGUACUUCAUUACUUAUAUUUGCUUUACUGGACUAUAUCCAAGGAACAGAGUUCAAUAUGCCAUACGCACUGAGUCUUUGUUUACUGCUGGUUAUAUUUGACGUCGUGCGCUCAUUAUCGGUGUCAUGUGGCGCAGUGAUAUCACUGAGAGCUGCAGUGAGACUUAGAAGUGCUAUACUUAUGAUAUCUUACAAAAAGAUGAUGUCUUUUUGUAUCCUGCACGACCAGACUGUUGGCGAGUUCGUCAACUUAUCUACCAAUGACACACAGCGAAUAUUUGAGGCAGUGUCUUCUGCUGUUUUGCUCAUCGCAGGUCCAAUAAUGGGUAUUAUCAUCAUGAUAUACACAACGGUAUUCCUUGGACCAGCCGGACUAAUUGGAAGCUUAAUCUUCUUUCUGAUGUUGCCGAUUCAGAUUGUUUUGCAGGGUAAUUUAGUUGGUGUGUGUGGCAGUGUUGGCAGUGGGAAGUCGUCUCUCAUAUCCGCUAUAUUAUCUCAUAUGCAAUUAUUAUCAGGCAAAGUUGCCAUCGAUGGUUCCAUUGCAUAUGUGUCACAGCAAGCGUGGAUUUGUAAUGCCACAAUCAAGGAAAAUAUUUUGUUUGGACUUCCAUAUGACCGGCAUUGGUAUGAAAAAUCAAUAUUUGCUGCAUGUCUUCAAGAUGAUUUAGAAUUGUUGCCACGUGGAAGCGACACUGAGAUCGGAGAACGUGGUGUUACAUUAAGUGGUGGACAGAAGCAGAGAAUCAGCUUAGCUAGAGCAAUGUAUGCCAGGCGUGAUAUUUAUCUACUUGAUGACCCACUGAGUGCAGUGGACGCACAUGUUGGGAAGCACAUCUUUAAGUAUUUUAUCAAAGAAGGGCUUUGUGGUAAAACAGUAAUGUUCAUAACUCACCAGUUACAGUAUUUGAGCGUUUGUGAUCAUAUAUUGGUGUUAAAGGAUGGUAAAAUUGUUGAAUGCGGGACACAUGAGCAGAUGAUGGCAAGUGGCUUGGAUUAUGCACAGCUAUAUAACUGCUAUCUAAGCGAGACAUCCGAACCAAACAAUUUAACAAACGGUCACAGCGCCCAAAAUGAUUCAGUGUUUUCAGAGGAACAUCCGGACUUGGAUACCUCCGGCAGUUUAAGACAAGACGCAAAAUCCAUCAUUGGUAAAUCAAACUCGGUUGCCUCUAUUGCUGAUACAGAUAGUAACUAUGAUCCAUUGAUGACCAUAGAAGACAAGUCUGAAGGUAAUGUAAAAUGGAAGACAUAUCACGAGUAUAUACAGAAUGCUGGUGGAUAUCUCUUGGCGUCAUUUACACUGUUUACAUUUGCAGCAGUGUUUGCCUGCAUGACUGCUAGCAACUGGUGGUUAGGAUAUUGGAUGGCGAACACGAGUACAGUUAGUGAAGUUUUCAAUUAUACUAGCAGUAAUAUGACUGGAAAUUCAACUGACAUCAUUACAGACACCUCGGAAACAAAUGUGUUUGUUUCCAUAUACCUUAUCAUACUUGGAGUUCUAAUUGUCUCUACUAUAGUCAGGGUGCUUAUUUAUGUGAAGACAACCUUGAGAGCUUCAACUCGUCUGCAUAACAAGGUGUUCAAAGUGGUAUUUCGUGCUCCUAUGGAAUUUUUCGACGCUACGCCAUCAGGAAGAAUCUUAAACCGUUUCUCUAAAGACAUAGAUGAAGUUGACGUGAGGCUGCCAAUGUGUAUGGAAAGCAUGCUGAACUAUGCAUUUAUAAUUCUGUUUUCCCUCUUCUCCAUAAUCAUUGUGUUUCCAUGGUAUUUACUGGCUUUGUUGGCAUUUGCGGUUAUUUUUAUCGUAUGUUACUUAUAUUUUCACCACGCUCUGCGUGAGCUGAAACGGCUUGAUAAUAUCACUCGAUCACCAUGGAUUUCACACAUUACCACCACGAUUCACGGGUUGUCAACAAUACAUGCGUAUGGAAGGACAACGCAGUCUAUUAGGAAAUAUGCUGAGUUGGUCGAUGCGAACACUGUUUCCCUUCUUCUAUUCUGCCUCUCAAGUCGAUGGGUUGCUGUUCGACUGGAUGUCAUUGCCAUUUUAAGUACGUUUCUAACAGCUCUAAUGACAGUUCUUUCUCAUGGUAACAUUCCCUCUUCAUACAGUGGUAUAGCACUUAUAUAUUCUGUACAGUUUACAGGAACGUUCCAGUUAAUGGUACGAGAAAUGGCAGAAUGUGAGGCCAGGUUCACAUCAGUAGAAAGAAUUCUGUAUUAUAUAAAGAAUCUAUUGGCAGAAGCGCCAUCAAUAACUGACCCCAGACCUCCAGAUGACUGGCCACAACAAGGCGUGUUAGAGAUGAAGGAAGUGAAAAUGCGUUACCGUGAUAACUUACCUCUUGCGCUAAAUGGCAUAUCAUUCAAAGUUGACACAAUGGAAAAAAUAGGAGUCGUUGGAAGAACAGGGGCUGGAAAAUCCUCUCUUGGCACAUGCUUAUUCCGUCUCGUGGAUACAACAUCUGGAGAUAUUUAUAUAGAUGACGUGAAUAUAAAGACUUUGGGCUUACACGAUUUACGAUCUAGCAUAUCGAUAAUCCCACAAGAUCCCGCACUUUUUGUUGGAACGAUCAGAUAUAAUUUAGACCCCUUCAACCAAUAUUCCGAUGAUGACGUGUGGACAGCUCUUGAAAAGUGUUACAUGAAAGAUACUGUUCGGGACAUUGACGGAAAGCUCGAUGGUCAAGUCGUUGAAUGUGGAGGGAAUUUCUCAGUCGGGGAAAGACAGUUAUUAUGCAUGGCGAGGGCAUUGUUGAGAAAUUGCAAGAUCCUAAUAUUAGAUGAAGCCACCGCUGCUAUCGAUACUCAGACUGACAGUCUAAUACAACAAACUAUACGCGAUGCAUUUCAUGGGUGUACUAUGCUAAUAAUCGCCCACCGACUGAACACUGUGCUAAAGUGUGAUAAAAUUAUGGUCAUGGAUAAAGGAAUGGUUGUUGAGUUUGACACACCUUCUUCACUUCUGCAAGACCCAGAUUCACGUUUCACGUCCAUGAUGGAGGCUGCUGAGAAAAUCUGA